AAAGUGUCUAGUGUAAUUGAACAAGGGGUGUGUAUGCUGCUAAAUAUUUAAAAGUUGAUCACACCAAAGUUGUGUUCUGCAAUGGGGAAAUGUGUUGAUAGUUUCCAAGAACUGGUCUUUAAUAAAAUCUGCUGAGUGUUUUGCUGCUGAUUGUUAAAGGUGGCUAUUACUGUAUUUUUCGCUCCAUAAGAUGCACCUGACCAUAAGCCGCACCUAGUUUUUAGAGGAGGAAAACAAGAAAAAAAAUAUUCUGAACAAAACAGUGGAUGUAUGAUUUUUGUGGUUUAUGCUGUAGCCACAGACAUGUGUUUUGAUGCAACGUCUGAACACUGCCAGCAUCUCUUCCAAAGCUGAUCUCUUGCUAGACAGACUAAAUACUGAGAGUGCUGCUCUGACUGAGCAACAGACUGGACCACCACCCCUGCAUUUCACAUGUGGAGCUCACUCAUGCUGUAGAAUGGCUGCUGAGGAACUUUCUGCCAUCAGCAAGCAAUUGCAUUCCCAAGCCCAGGUCAUAGAAUCCCUCACCCAGGCAGUACAUCGGCUGAAACAGGAGAAGGAACUGCAGCAGCAGAGUAUCAGUCACCUAGAGGAGGAGGUGGAUCGACUGCAGCACAAUUCUCAUGGCAGCUUAGACUCAGUGCUGGGAGUCAGGAUGGAAGGGCUGAAGACUGAGUUCCGUAGCCUUCGGCAGCAAGUGUUUCAGCAGUCAGAUGGUGACUGUACUCCUGAUGCUUUUUCCAACCCUGGCAUCAUGCAAGAUAUGCGGGAGAGUAAGAAAAUCUUGUGGCAAGAAUAUAAGUGCAUCAGAAGAGAGAUGGAACACCUGAAGCACAAACUAGAGCAACAAGAGGAUGAUCUGUUCCACCAAGUGUCUGCAACUGAUGAGAUAAAGAAGACUCAAAGAAGAUACUGUCAGAUGCUGGAAGAUCUGAAGGACAGUCAUAAAGCUCAGACUAAGGAUUUGGACAAAGCUAGGAUUGAGACCCAGAGCACUCAGAAGGAACUUAGUCAUGUCAAAACUACAGUUACUGACCUAAAAGAACAGGUGAAAGGUCUGCACUUGGAGGAUGAACUCUUCGCUGGUCCACUAAGAGACAAAAACCUCCGUCUAAGAAAAAGGAGAGUUUUGCUGCAUGAUGCUACCUUGUCAUCCCUUCUCAGUGAUGAUUCAGCCUCUGAGUUCAGUCUCACAGAUGUCAGCUCAGAUGAACUCUUUAGUGAACCAGAGAUUGCACAACUUGCUGAUGACAAGAUUUCCAUACCAGGCUUGAAGCUGGAAAAGAAGACCCCUGGAGGAGCAGCUGGUGGCACGCUGGACACAGAAGACCUCAGCAGUGAGCUGACUGACACUCCUCCUGAGCUCAACUUGAGUAACCUUUAAAACUUCACCUAAGGAUUGCCUCAUUCUUUCUAAUGAGAAAACAAAUUAAAGAGCAGAGAAACAUACGUACUGUUCUCACACACACUCAGCUGCCUUUUGUACAGAUACAACAUUGAGGUAGAAGGACAGUAUUAACCUCAACCUAUGACCUGGUGAUAUUAGCACAUGCAAGUAUGAUGCAGGGGGCUGAAAUCAUUUGAGAAGGGUGUGUUGUGUAUAUAUAUAUAUGUUCUGUUCAGAGAUUUCCCAGUGUCCCUUCCUGGAAAAGGAACAAUUGCAUUGCUGGUCCCUGCGUGUGUGAUAUGGAUCGUAUCGGCCAGCUUCAAGGAACUGAUUAUUCUCAUCACUCAUAAUUUGCAGUGUUUAAAUAUUGAAAUGAAAUAUUGAGACUGAGCCACAAGAGAAAAUACUCUGGUAAGCAAUCCACUUUACCCCAGAUUCUGUUAAUCCAGGCUUCCUCAACCUCAGCCCUUCAGAUGUUUUGGGCCUACAACUCCCAUGAUCCCUAGCUAGCAGGACCAGUGGUCAGGGAUGAUGGGAAUUGUAGUCUCAAAACAUCUGGAAGGCCAAGGUUGAGGAAGCCUGUGUUAAUCUGUGUCACGGUGUUUGCCGCACAACAGCUCCUGAUUCAGCACUAAGACAAAACCAGCAGUGAUGGGAACAGUCCACUGAAGAAGGGAGCAUAUAGUAUGUUAAACUCCUUUGGCAAGUCACUGAUGUGCCACAUUAGCAGUUGACUAGGAUAGGCUGGCUGUGUGAUAAGAAACCUGUGGGGAGCAUCCUCUUAUCUGGGAAAUACUUUGUGCAGCUAACUUUUUUUCCCUUCUUGCCGGUUGAACUGCUGGUGAGCUAUGAUUUCCAGUGACCUAAAGUGGUCUGAGUAGUAGUGGCAUUAGUGUUUCUGAAUUUUGGAUCAGGUGGCAAAGCAUAAUAUAGUUCAACGCAUUAGUUAAAUAUCCUUCAUAUAUCUGGUCCUUUCUGGGAAUAAGACCGGUAGGAGCAGAACCAAAGAGUCUUGGUUGCCUUCUCAGUUUUUAGAACUUUAUUGAAACAAAAUUACACAACUGAGCUUAAAAAAGACUUUCAAACUAAGUAAGAAGCUCACAUAGAAUGAGAUCCAUCAACCACUUGCUAGCCAAGACAUAUAGGAAAUGCAUAUAGUAAAAUCCUGGAUUUUUUUAUUUUAUUUGAAAGGCAGCUGUGGAAUGCUGCCAUUUUGAGCAGAGGAGUAUUGGGACAGGGGCCAUGUGACUGCCAGCUAUUUGUUUAAAAAAUGCCCCCUAACUAUUCUACACACACAGACACACAUGCAUAGUUCCAGAUGCAGAAAACCUGUGGAGGGCAAUACUUAGUGGAAACAACUCAUGCAAGGAAAAUGUUAAGUAGCUCCCAUUACUCCUCUCCUCACACUUGCAGCCUCCACAUUAAAAAUAAAUAAAAAGGGCUUCAUUGCAUUAAUUUGCUGCACAAAAUAUACCUUCUGCCAUAGCUUUAUUGGUGGGGAAUCACUCACUACUUGGGGGCUACCUGCUGCUCUUCAGCACAAUUAGGAUAAUGAGAAUGUGCAGCAGUUGGCACAUUCUUCCCUACUGUUGGCCUGCUUUUUCUUGCCUUGGUAGAAAGUUGUACUCCAUACCAGUGAAAAGGGCAGCCUGUUCACCCACUGUAUUGAGCAAAAGUGAUCCUGUCUACCUCAACAUCCUAAAAUUCUUAAAGUUAUGGAGAAGAUAUUCAGGUCUAGACCUGGUAACUCUUGUAAAAACUGGAAUUAUAUGACGGACCUGGAUGAGUAAGCGUUAAAAGCUUUCCUGUACAGUAUGGUUAUUCUUAAACUCCUGGUCUGGACUUUCAGAAGACUGGGUGCCAGUUUACUGAUCUGGAAUCGCAUCAAUGGCUGCUGCUUCCUCCCUUGUCAAUGCCUGAAUUAAAAGCUCAAACCUGUUACAACUGAUAAAGUUCCCCAUCUUAUUCAGACAAUAUAGUGUAGCAGCUGGAGCUUGUGUGUAUAACAUGUUAGAACAUAAAGUAAAUGUAUCUCCUACUACCCCCCCCCCCCAAAAAAAUACAAAACCAACUAGGGAAGCCUGUGUUAAGAGGAAUCCCUCAAAGGGCCAUAUGCAGUAGACAGCAUGUCCAAUUUCAGGGUAAAAACACUUCAGAAGGAAAAACGAUUAAAGGCAAGGGGAGGGGAAUUAGCCCACAGGGGAUUAAAUCAACAGAUGCUCCAUUAUAGUUCAAAGAGUGCUGGCAAGCAGUGAUUGCUCCUAGAGCUUAUUAGUUCUGGGCUGCUCAUAACACACUGGUUUGUUUUUAGGGCUGGAGAAAUAUAGGCCGAGAAGUCUUUAAUUAAUGACCUCUAGACUGCACAGUUUGUCACAAAGCAUGUAACUAACUGUAUUUGUGGGACCAAAUCGUGUGUAUUCGCCAACAAAUUUGAUACGGCUCAGCUGAUGGAACACUGGGUUUUGCUGGAACUUAAACUUUUUAUAAAUGGAAAGGAAUAAAAAAUUGUGGUAACCAAAUUA